UGUCAAAUGGCAGCUGCUUAGUGCUUACUGCUUUGUUGUUAGUAGUAAAUUGUGAUUACCUUAUCCUAAUCUUUAUUCUUAAGAGAAUUGUAAAUUAACAACACUAAUUCAGUAAUUUAUUUAAGUAGCUUAUAUAACAAUUUACGGUCUUAUCAUCUCGUCCAAAAUAAGCUUUUUCGUGUCCCAAAGUUCUAGCAAAGAUGUUUGCACCGGUAAAAGAUACAUUCUUAUAUUUUGCGUAUGGAAGCAAUUUGUUGAAGAAGAGAAUUCAUAUCAAUAACCCUUCUGCCGUAUUUAUUGGAAUUGGACGACUUGACAAUCAUCUUCUGGACUUUAUGAAAUACAGUGACCAUUGGAGAGGGACAUCAGCGACUAUUGUUCCUAUUCAAGAUUCUCAUGUUUGGGGAGCUGUGUGGAGAAUCCAGAACAAAGAUAUGCCUUCACUAGACUGGCAAGAAGGUGUAGAUACAAAUUGGUAUUUCCCAAAAACAGUUGACAUUGUGACACUCGAUGGAGAGACUGUUCAAUGCAGGACAUAUCAACAGACAGUCAAUCCACCACCUAGAAAAGAAGAUGAACUGUUGCCAGAAGAUAGACGGCCUUCAUCAACAUAUUUGGAGUGUAUUUUGAAAGGAGCUGAGGAAUGUUUUUUACCUAAAGAAUAUAUCUUAAAACUUAAGAAAAUACCUCAUAAUGGCCAAAAAGCUUCACCUAAAAUGAUAGAAAAAUUAAACAUGAUGUAAUUUUUCAGUUCCAUUAUUAUCUAAAUUUCAUCAAAGAGUUUUAUGUGAUAUAUUGUGUAAAAAGUCUUAGUUGUAAUUGACAAAUUAUGAAAUGCUAUCUGUUAAAAUGUCAUAGCAGACAUAAAAAUGUGAUGAUGUCAAAAUAUAUAUUUUUGUUUA